GCCAUGCUGUCUGUACACACGGGUCUGUUUGCUCACAAGACACAACAGACAAGUGUGCUGUAAUGAAUCAAUACCUGAUGUUGGUCACAUGAGUGCGAAUAGGUGCAGACACACGGUGUUUGACCUCCGACCUUGCUUAAAUAAUUAGCUGCAGGUAGGCUGUGAGUGAUUCAUUUUUAUUAAUAGGUGCAUAUCUGGACAGCCCCGUGAAAAUAGCUGACGAUAUGACUGUGCACCGAAACGACACAGCCGUAAGAUAAAUAUUCAAGUGUGUUCAUUGUUGCGUGAAAAGUAGACAUCUGGAUGUUUGCGUUGGGAUACGUAUUGUCCAGGUUGUCUUCUAAUGUAGUUCCGACAGUUAACCAGCUGUUUGGUUGCUUGGGAGUUGUUGGGUUUUUUUGUUCUUUCUGGAUGGUUUAGUUGUUAGGAGGUUAAUUUCAGCUGAAAUUACUUUUUUUCGUUCUUUUUUUGUGUGUCGAUGAAUCCUGAAAUGUAAAUUUAAGGCUUAUGACUUUCUUGUGAAGUGACUUCAUCUUCGUCCAUGCUUGAUUGGUUACACGUACUUGUAGCUUUGUGGAUUCAGAAAGUGAAAUUAUUCUUUGGAUUUUAACUACUAGAAGAGCUCUGCCAAACUAUUCUUUCAACUUAUGUUUAUUUAUUCAAACAUAGUUUUAAAGUGACUUCAUUUUUUUGGUCUGUGCUUGAGGGUUUCAUGUAGCUGACAUUGUGUGGAUUUAAACAGCGAAAUUAUUCUUAGGAUUUCACUAGAAGCUGCCAAACUAUUCUUGAGCUGUGUUUAUUUAAGACUUUUUUUCCUUUUCUGAUUUAUAAAACCAAAACAACCAAAACAACCAAAAACGUAUAAUGGACUAAAGACGUUAUUUUUCUUCGAAUGCAAACUUUGUUGGACAUAGGAGUUAUUCUGUGGACAUGAAUGUUGUGGAGACUAAGACUAUGGGAGAUAACUCUGUGUUGAUGGAUGACCAGCGUAUUGGUGUUGAUGAUGGUGAUGAUGAUGAUGAUGAUGAUGUUGAUAAUUAUAAACUUGUGAUGAGCGACGCCGAGAACUAUCACUCGUAUUUACAGCUGGUGCACACCACGUCAGUGGAAUGUGACGAAGGAGAAGAAGAAGAAGAUUGCAAAAUGUUUGCACGUGAAAAUGGUUAUGAGGAUGAAGCCAUGGCGUCACUGCCACAGCAACCGACUGGACCGCCGAACAUGACCCCGGAGGAGGCGCUGGAGUAUGAAAACCAGAUGUUGAAGUGGAGGGAAGAACUGCUAAAGGUGGAACAGGAAAUCAGCACCCUGCGUCAGGUUCUUGGGGCGAAGGUUCGCACGGCGACGGAGCUGAAGCGGAAACUCGGCAUCACGCCCUUCCAGGAGCUCAAGUCUGACCUGCAGACCGGCAUCCAACAACUCAAGUCAUCAGACUCAUACCAGAAAACCAAUGAAAAAAUACAUCAGAUUAAUGACAAGAUUACACAUUCGACAGUGUAUCAGAAGACGAGCGCCGUUGUGAAAACGGCCGGAGAGAAAACAUCCGCGGCAUUGUCGACAUUCGGCUCAUCCAUGUCUAAGAAGCUGGGAGAUCUCAGAAAUUCCCAGACCUUCAAGUCUCUUGAGGAGAAGGUGGAGAACACAUAUUCAAGUGUCAAGUCGUCUCGGUCUAUAGAGAGUCUGAAGGCGAAGGUGUCUGGGAGUCAGUCGACCGGGAAUAUCCACGAGACGCUGACCGAGGAGGACGGCUCAAAGACGGAGAUGGGGACGUUGUCGCAUGACCCCACGGCACCACUUCCUGAAGACAAAGUGCCUCUCUGAAACCACGGCAACACUGCCGACUCCGUGACUCACAGCUGGGACACACCGCCAGUGUCACACUGAGAUCUUGUACAGCAUCUUAAACGUUAUGUACUCUCUCUUUUAUAAUUAUAUGUUAAGUAGGGAUACCCUCUGCCGUUCGCCAACUUUGCCAAUUUGCGAAUUUAACAAAAACACAGCAAUUGGCAAAUUUUAUUAUUAUUUUAAUUUGGCAAAAUUAUUUCAUGUAAUGAUUGGUAUUUUGUUUGAAGAUAGAUAACUGUGGGUUUGAGCAAUUUUGUGAAGUUUAAUAGAUAAUUCGGCGAAAUGUUUUGGUCACAGAAUUAUCCCUUAUAAAGUUAUAUUUGUAACAGCACUCUCGGAAGAACAGAUGGAGUAACUAAAAGUACAAGGAACAGGUUUUUUUUUCUUUUUAAUAUAAUUAAAUUUCUAUCACAUUCAUUACAAUAUAAUGUCAUCCCAUUGGUCCAGAUGUAGAAACGGGAGUUUGUUCAUUUCUUGAUGAA